AUGUGUAGCCCUAUCCUUCUGGAUACUGAGCGGCCUGGCCCUUUGGGUUCAACACCGAGCGGUCGCGCAGAGGUACUGGAUGCAACUGGCACGAAAUACUUUUCUCAUCUGGGUUAUGCUCAUAUAUGGGAUGCGGCCGUCUCUCCCAGACUCGGGUUUUCUGUUUCCAGUAUCUGUCAUCAUGUCGAUCGUAUUCAACCAAUCCCAGAACCCACCUCCGCCUCCUCUACCUCCUCUUCUACCAUUCUAACUUGGCCGAAACCAUCAUCCAUCGGACAGUCAGGAACUGGACCUAAAUCCCAGGAUCAUCCAAUGGCAGAGGUUAAGGACACAUACGUUGCCUUGGUCAUUACAGAGAUCAAGUGCAUUGAGGUUGGCAAGGCUCAAUUCUCAGUACGAUAUGAAGACGCCAACAUCAGGCUCAAUGACGAGCAGUCGCAGGCUCUCAUUCUUUUCCAACGGAUCUUUCUCCAGGAGCUUCAGGACUUCUUUCUUGCAAGUCAGCUCACUUUUGCUACUGCACCCCCUCGACGUCUAUCGUCGAAGUAUGUUAUGCUAGCCCGUAUAUGGGAUCCCGGAAUCUAUCCAAUGGACCUUUUUUACCAUGAACUUCCAUCGGCUCCCGCUCAUGGACAUAUACGUACUUUGACAUACUUCGCUUGUAGCAUGAUGCAACGUCUCUACGAUACAGUACCUAAAUUUGAAGAAACCUGGAUAGACUAUCUUUGCGACAUGGGGAAACAUCGUAUGGCGAUUGAAGUUGAUGAUAUCCGAACCCGGACCUCAGACAGUUCCCCUAACACUGGUGGGCUGUAUCAUCAUCUAGCCAUAUUAACUGAACCCAAUACCUCCAUCAACUCUCAAAACGCGCCAAUACAUGAGCGCUGUCACUCAGGCUCAUUUCGAAGAGUUAGAGCUGGAAGGAACUCCCAACCACUUCAUCAUUGUCACUUCCUUAUGGCCGGUUUUGUCUUAUAG